CUGAAGGAAUGUUCACAUUUUUGUCGAAUGUCGAUUGUUGUUUGUUUUGCUAAAUUAUUAGUUCCGGAAAAUAAUAAUUGUUCUUCGAUGUCUGACUGAAUCCGCAACAGACAUGAGCUGUCCUGUCACUAAAGAAAAGGUGGAAUUCGUCACCAAGCAAUUUUUGUGCAAUGUGCCUCUGAAUAAUUUUCAAUGGAACGAUAUUUUCAGCGACCUCAUACUAGACGAAAUUGCUCAGCAAACAUUACUUGACAGCACUAUUAAUUCCAACUUAGUAUUACACCUACCCCUUCCGACAAAUUAUCAAAAAUCUUUUCUCAAACGCAUCAUUGAUUGUUUAGAAGAGUGUAGACAGAGAUAUAGUGAAUUAAAGGAAACUGUAAUCUGCGAUGAGAUAUAUUCAGCAUACGGCCGCUUGGUGGCAAUAGCUGUCACAGAAGAUAAUUUCAAGCAUUACAUGAUCAAAGACAAGGACAAGGUCAUAAGUUUGAAAGAGAGCAAUAAUUUGAUAUCUGACGGAACUACUGGGUUAAGGACAUGGCAGGCUGCCCUAGUCUUGUCAGAAUGGAUAUUCAAAAAUGAGUCAUUGUUCAAGAACGAAACAAUUAUGGAAUUAGGAGCAGGCGUAGGGCUUAUAGGUCUUGUUCUUCGAGAGUGUUCUCCAAAGAAAAUCUACCUCACAGACUGCCACCAAACUGUUCUGAACAAUUUAUGUAAAAAUCUAAAAAUCAAUAUAGACAAGUAUCGAGACAAGUAUAGACCAGAUGCUCAAGAAAACGAAGACUCGAGUUUUCCCCGAGGUUUUCCCAUUGAAGACAGAGUCGAAAUUAUAUGUGCUUCAAGAUGUUUGUACCAUAACGUUGGACCACCUGACACCUAUGUAUUGAAACUACCUUGGGAAGAAGUCAAUAUAGAAGAAUGUCAUAAACUUGGUGUGAUCGAUAGCAUAAUAGCAGCUGACAUUGUCUACGACGAAGACUCAUUCGUGGCAUUGGUUGGUGCUUUAAAAUGUCUCACUGAGAGCUGUAGUGUGAAGCGUGUAAUUUUCUCUUGUACCGAGAGAAAUCCUGAGACUCUUAAGUCAUUCCUUUUGCAGAUGAAUUCUGCUUCAUUCUUCCAACAGGAGCUUGAAAUUCCAGUUCAGAAUAAUUUCAUUUGGCCGACUGAUACACCUGUGAAGUUGUUCAGUUUUAAACGAUCGUUAUGAUUAAAAAACCUUCAUCAUUCUUUGUUUUCACUCUCAUUCAAAUACAGGGAUUCGUUUAUAAA